CGGCUUCUAGAUGUGCAGCUUAGCUCGAUCAACCACCAUCUCAGUCCACCGGCCCCAACUAACGAUCUCCGUCGAUCAAAACAGCAGCAAUGGCUCCUCCCACGUCAACUACCGUCCCCACCAAGGACCAUGUCCUGGUUCCUGAGACUCUCCUCAAGAAGCGCAAGAGUCAGGAGAAGGCUCGCGCUGAGAAGACUGCCGAGCUCGAGCAGAAGAAGAAGUCCAACAAGGAGAAGCGCCAGGUCAUCUUCAAGCGCGCCGAGAAGUACAUCACCGAGUACCGUGAUGCCGAGCGCGAGAAGGUCCGCCUUGCCCGCCUCGCCAAGCAGGAGGGUGCCUUCCACGUCGAGGCUGAGGACAAGCUGGUCUUCGUCAUCCGUAUCAAGGGUAUCAACAAGAUCGCCCCCAAGCCCCGCAAGAUCCUCCAGCUCCUUCGUCUCCUCCAGAUCAACAACGGUGUCUUCGUCAAGGUCACCAAGGCCACCGCCGAGAUGAUCAAGAUUGUCGAGCCGUGGGUUGCCUACGGUUACCCCAACUUGAAGAGCAUCAAGGAGCUCAUCUACAAGCGCGGUUACGGAAAGGUCAACAAGCAACGUGUUCCUCUCACCGACAACGCCAUCAUCGAGGAGAACCUCGGCCAGUACGGCAUCGUCUGUAUGGAAGAUCUCGUCCACGAGAUUUACACCGUCGGCCCCAACUUCAAGCAGGCCUCCAACUUCCUGUGGCCCUUCAAGCUGAGCAACCCCAACGGUGGCUUCCGUCCCCGCAAGUUCAAGCACUUCAUCGAGGGUGGUGACCUGGGUAACCGUGAGGACAAGAUCAACGCUCUAAUCCGUCGCAUGAACUAGAGUGCUUGGGAUUGUUCGCAUGUAAUUUGGAGGCUAAGGGUUCAGGGACUGCUUCUGCAUGGUUGUUCGGCGUUCAUAAAAGCUUCGGAUAGCUGGUGACUUCACAUGAAUUGAGACAAUGAUGGCCACCUCCAAUGUGUUGACUUGAUUAAUUAUGUGACCUGAUUGUAUUGCCUG